GUGGUCGCAUCCGGGUCUGAUCUGGAAACUGAAAGUGUGAAUUCUAACUGCGUCUGAACCACUUCGACGCAGAAACGCGGUACUUUGUUCCGAGGACUAGUGUACCUAAUAAAGUGGCCAGGGAGUGGCCUCUGCUUAUCAGGCCCAAAGUCCAACUCUGAAGUGUCCACAGCACAGAGACACGUCACUGCAGCUGUUUAAUCAUCAUACACAAAGACCAGGACCAGAACCAGAACCAGGACCAGAACGCACGGCGUAGGUUCAGGAUGGAUCCUCCUUCAGAUCAUUUGAAGAUGAGUGAGUCUCAGUCUGACUCUGAUGAAGACGCCAGUGUUGCCAGGAGUCAUUGGUCCAGAGAAUAUCCUCCAGACUUUGGGACGGAUCCUAAACCUGCAGGAGACAGACUCAGUGAAGACGUGAAGAUGAUUGAGUCUGACUCUGAUGAAGAUGCCAGUGUUGCCAGGAGUCAUCAAUCCAGAGAAUAUCCUCCAGACUUAAAGAUGGAUCCUAAACCUCCAGCAGCAAAAUUCAUUAGACUUGAAGAAGAGCUGAGGGGGAGUGGCCCUGAUGAAGAAUCAGCAUCUUCCUCGGCCAGUGUUGCCAGGAGUCAUCAGUCCAGAGAAUAUCCUCCAGACUUAAAGAUGGAUCCUAAACCUGCAGGAGGCAGAGGUCAGAGGUCAUCAGGACGUCAGCGGCGCCAGGACACCAGCAAGGUGUUUGAAUCCAAGCUGGUGGAUUUCGUGAAUCAUGCUAUGAGAAGAGAUAAAGUCCUCUCAGGGAACAGGAGGAGACACCUGGAGGAAGAUGGAGACGAUGAAACCCGUGAAGCAGCUCUGAAAGUUGCCCUCUCCGUCUUGAGGACCAUGAAUGAGCAUGAACACGCUGACACUCUGGAGAAAAGUCACUAUGGACGAGUCGUCAUGUACGAGCGGAAACUAAAACAGCAUUUGAAGCAGAAACAUACAUUUUGGAUGGAACAGUUUAAUCAGCAGCCUGUGCCCCUGAAACAGAUUUAUACAACACUUUAUCUGAUAGAGGGAGGCAGAGGACAGGUCAACGAAGAACAUGAAGUCAGACAGAUUGAGGCAGCAUUCAACAGACGGACGUCUUCAGAAACUCUGAUCAGAUCUGAGGAAAUCUUCAAGCCCUUAACCAAACAAACUGGUCCAAUCAGAACAGUGCUCACCAAGGGGAUCGCUGGCAUCGGCAAAACCGUGUUAACUCUGAAGUUCAUGCUGGACUGGUCAGAGGAGAAGGCUCAUCAAGACAUCCACAUCAUGUCUUCACUUCCAUUCAAGGAGCUGAAUUUCCUCAGAGGUCAAAGUUUAAGUUUGAUGGAGCUCCUGCAUUACUUCUUUCCAGGCCUGAAAGAAUCCAAAAUCAAAGACCUGAACCAGUACAAAGUUCUGUUAAUACUGGACGGUCUCGAUGAAUCCAGACUCCAUCUGGAUUUUGAAGGAUGUGUGAGAUGUCAUGAUGCUACCGAGCCCCACCCAGUGGAUGUGCUGCUGACUAACCUCAUUGCUAGAAGGCUGCUACCGAACGCUAUUCUGUGGAUAACAACCCGACCUGCUGCAGCCCACGGCAUCCCUCCACAGUACAUUGACCGGGAGACGGAGAUACGAGGCUUCAACAACCACCAGAAGGAGCAGUACUUCCUCAAGAAAAUUGAUAAUGAAACUUUGGCCAAAAGAGUGAUUGCAAACAUCAGGUCAACAAGAAGUCUGUACAUCAUGUGCCACGUGCCUGUGUUUUGCUGGAUUUCCUCCAUUGUCCUGGGAGAAAUAUGUGCCAAAGCCGGAGGAGGAAAACUGCCCAAAACUUUGACUCAGAUGUACAUCCACUUUGUGACAUAUCAAACCACUAAGAAGACCUUAAGGCACCGUGAAAAGCAACAGCUGGGCUCUCAAGUAAAUAACACGAUGAUAAUGUCUCUCGGAAAGUUGGCCUACCAGCAGCUGGAGAAAGGCAACCUCAUCUUCUACGAGGAGGAUCUUAGAGAGUGUGGUAUUGAUGUCAAACAAGCAUGUGUCUAUUCAGGAUUGUGCACUGAAGUCUUUAAAGAAGAGUUUUGGUUCAAUCACAAAGUCUACAGCUUCGUACAUUUGUCAAUCCAAGAGUUUCUUGCAGCUUUAUACGUCCAUGUGAUGCACAAGGUUGAGAAUUUAAAUCUGAUGAUUGAAAAUCCUGAACAGACCAAGAGAACCGAGCCUCUGUCCAGACUUCACCAAGCUGCAGUGGACAGAGCCUUAAAAAGUGACAACGGUCACCUGGAUCUCUUCCUGCGAUUCCUCCUCGGACUCUCUAUGGAGUCCAGUCAGGGUCUGCUCAGAGCUCUGAGUAUACAACUAGAAACCUGUGAUUCACAAAGUCACAAGGAAACCGUCGACUACAUCAAGGAGAAAAUUAAUCAGAGUCUUCCUCCAGAGAAGUACGUCAACCUGUUCCACUGUCUGAAUGAGUUGAACGACCACUCUCUAGUGGACGACAUCCAGAGCUGCUUGGACUCAGACCGAGAGUCGGUGAUGGACGAGUGCUCUGCUGCUGGGUGGGCGGCUCUGGUCUUUGUGUUGCUGACGUCACCAGAGAAACCAGAAGAGAUUCACCUCAGGAAAUACUCCAGAACACAAGAAGGCCUCAAAAAGCUCCUUCCAGCCAUCAAAGCUUCCAGAUCAGCGAUGUUGAAUGAUUGCGAUCUUACUGAGGACUCUUGUCAGAUGUUGUCCACCACUCUCAGCUCCAGCCGCAAUGAGCUGAAACAUUUAAACCUGAGUGACAACGUGUUAAAAGACUCAGGAAUCAAACUUCUCUGCCACGGACUCCUGAACCCCGACUGCAGACUGCAGACGCUGAGACUGAACCGUUGCAGUCUCACUGAGAGAUGCUGUGAAGACCUGGCUUCAGUUCUGGGCUGUAACUCUUCGCAUCUUCAGGAGCUGGAUCUGAGUGACAACGACAUUGGAGACUCAGGAGUGAAGCGUCUCUGCACCGGACUGAGAAAUGUCAGCUGUAAACUGGAAGUCCUCAGGUUGUCGUUCUGCAGUAUCACAGAGGGAAGCUGUGGUUAUUUGGCCUCAGCAGUGAAGUCGAACCCGUCCCACCUGAGUGAACUGGACCUGAGCUACAACCACCGGGAGUCUGGACUGAGGCUCAUCUCUGGAGCUCUGGAGGAAGCUCAGUGUGAAUUCACUAAACUCAGAGUCCACCACAACGCUCAACACUGGUUUAAACCGGGACUGAGGCAGCACGGACGUGAGCUUACGUUGGAUCCUAACACGGCUCACAGACUCCUCGUCCUUUCUGAAGACAACCGGCGGGUUAGCUGGGAGAGAGAGCAGCCGUAUCCAGACCAUCCAGACCGCUUCGACUACUGGGCCCAGGUUCUGAUCCGGCAGGGCCUGACCGGCCGCUGUUACUGGGAGGUGGAGUGGGAUGGAAACUGGGCCGGGAUCGGAGUCACCUACAAGAGUAUCAGGCGCAAAGGGCCCAGCAAUGACUGUGUGAUGGGAUACAACCAGGUCUCAUGGAGUCUGCACUGUUCUGUCCACGGCUACCACGCCUACCACAACUUCAAGAGCAUCGUCCUCCAGGUCCCUCUGGCUGGUUCUCGUAGACUGGCGGUCUACCUGGACUGGGAGGCAGGCAUCCUGUCCUUCUACAGAGUUUCUGGAGGGUCUCUGACUCACCUGCACACCUUCAAUGCCGCCUUCACUGAACCCCUGUACCCAGUGUUCAGGGUCUGGGGGGAGGGCUGCACUCUGAGGCUGGUGUGAGACCCGGGUCCAGACCUCCAUCGAGUCUGAGGCUGGUGUGAGACCCGGGUCCAGACCUCCAUCGAGUCUGAGGCUGGUGUGAGACCCGGGUCCAGACCUCCAUCGAGUCUGAGGCUGGUGUGAGACCCGGGUCCAGACCUCCAUCGAGUCUCUCUGAUCACAUGACCACCAGUGAGGUUCAGUCUAGUUCCAGGUAGAUUAGUUCAGGGCCCACGUCCAUCCCAGGUUGACCUGAAGGACAUGUAAGACGCCAGAAUAGAGCAGAGGACAAACUUCACCCACUGGACCAGAUCCCUGUAGAGGACCACUGCGUAUGUUGGACACAGGCUCUGAGACGAUUGUGACGACAUAGACAGUCGAAACGCGUCCCGUCUUCAUCAUCAUUCAUCCCAAAGAUAAGGAAGAGCAGACCAGAACCAAGGCCAAGAGUCUUAUAAAUAUUUAGGGACAAUCUUUGACUCCAGCUAUAGUCCAGCACCUACAUGGAGUGUGUUGUCUAAAGGGGGCAGCAGAGGAACCACUUGUUCAGGAAGUUGAACUUAAUGGAUCAGAACCAGCUGACACAGUCUGGUGAAAGUCAGUGCGUUUACAUGCACGUGAAGUGUUUAUUAUUAUGUUUAUUAUAUCACGUAAUAGAUCAACCAGAAAUCGGGCCGUAUUAACGUGGUAUUAACCCGCUGAAAAGACACGUGUCGCCCCCUAGUGUGGAGGAGGAGAACAGUUAUUAGAUUCUCUUGCGCUGCAUGUAAACUGGGACCAGGACUGUAGACAAAGCUCCAUUAAACUCUGCAUGUAAACGCACUGAGUGUUGCUCCAGGAUCACGAGAGUCCAGCUGUGACUGGACCUCAGUGUGGAAGAGAAUCAUCCCCAUCACAUCCUUGCUGGCAGAUUAGUGUUGAUGCCCUCAGGGUGGCGCUGUUAUGCCCCCUAGAGGAAAACAACGGCUAUGCCAACUGUCUGUUUGACUGAUGAAUAACAGCUUUUCACAGCACGAUGUCAGAUACAUUUAUACCAACAUAUUCAUCAUGAUUCAAGUAUUAAACUAUGUACAGAGAAAAGA